AUGACUCCAGCUGUCUUCCUGGCCAUCUUGUGGUUGGUAAUGGCCUCAUCAUCACCAUCACCUGAUCCCAUUUUGGAUGCUGAAUGGCAGAAGUGGAAAAUAAAACAUGGAAAAACAUACAGUCUGGAGGAAGAAGGACAGAAGAGAGCAGUAUGGGAAGAAAAUAUGAAAAAGAUCAAACUGCACAAUGGGGAGAAUGGCCUGGGGAAGCAUGGUUUCACCAUGGAAAUGAAUGCCUUUGGUGACAUGACACUUGAAGAAUUCAGGAAAGUGAUGAUUGAAAUCCCAGUCCCAACUGUCAAGAAAGGGAAAAGUGUCCAGAAACGUCUGUCUGUUAAUCUGCCCAAGUUUAUAAACUGGAAAAAGAGAGGCUAUGUUACUCCUGUGCGGACACAGGGCAGAUGUAAUUCUUGUUGGGCUAUUUCUGUGACUGGUGCCAUAGAAGGACAGUUGUUCCAGAAAACAGGCCAACUGAUCCCUCUGAGUGUACAGAACCUAGUGGACUGCUCUAGACCUCAAGGCAACAGGGGCUGUUAUGUAGGUAAUACAUACCGUGCAUUGAAGUAUGUGGUGGAAAAUGGAGGUCUAGAGUCUGAGGCAACCUAUCCUUAUGAAGAAAAGGAAGGAUCAUGCAGGUAUAAUCCACAAAAUUCUACUGCUAGUAUCACAGGCUUUGACUUUGUCCCAGAGAAUGAGGAUGCUCUAAUGAAUGCUGUAGCAACUAUAGGACCCAUUUCAGUUGCAAUUGAUGCAAGGCAUGAAUCUUUCAUGUUCUAUAAAAGAGUUAUAUAUCAUGAGCCAAACUGCAGUAGCUCUGUUGUCACACAUGCUAUGUUACUGGUUGGCUAUGGCUUUGUUGGAAAUGAAUCAGAAGGCAGGAAAUACUGGAUUGUCAAGAACAGCAUGGGUACAAAAUGGGGCAGCAAAGGCUAUAUGAAGAUUGCCAGAGAUCAGAGAAACCACUGUGGAAUUGUUACAUACGCCCUUUACCCCAGAGUGUGA